AUGCUGUCUACAAAUUCACCCCAGGGCAUCUCCCGCCGACGAAUGCCACACAGGCGUCAGCUUUCGACACCAAAUGCAUUCGAGAUGCCCAGCGUACGACAACACAGCCCUGUCGGUCGGGAACAACGGCGACACAGCCGGUCAGGCAUGAGCUUGGAUCUUCGAGGUCUCAACCUCGAGCCAUUCCAAGCACCCAGCCCUGGUCCCUACGAACAGGAGCAUCGUGCCGUGAAUUUUACUAACCAUCUAGGACAACCAUCACAGCAAACUAUGCAAGUAGCGCAAUCGCACAGCCAGCCCCAGCCGGGCCCCCAGGAGGCCUACCUACACUCCCCAGUACAGUUAUCUCCCAGGUGCAGAUCACCGCGAUCGCCAAUAUACGUGUCUCGCCCGCACUCACCCCUGUCCCGACCGCAGUCACCUCCUAAGCCUCCAACUGAACAGCAGUUGAAGGACCUUCACGAGCACAUCCAGUCUGUGUAUGGCUCAUGCGGACAGGUUUUCAUUAACAUUCUCCCCACACCGACGGUUCCGACAGCACCACAAGCUGUUAUCCCUGAAAAGCCAGCACACUUGCCCAGCCAUCAGUCGUUCGGUAUGGCGCCUCACCCGACCAACUUCAACGACGUUGCAGGCAUCGAUCUUCGACCAACAUCACGCGCGAUGACUUUCGACUUCGAGAACCCUGAUCAAGACAACGGUUACGAAUCUUCUGGGUACUACGGCUCAGAUGUAUCACCAUCGCCGCAAGCCUCGCCACGCAUGAGGAUGGCGCAGCCUUUCCUGCAGGGUAUUGCAGAAGACCCUUCUCAGGAGACACCAUUGACGCCGUUUUCGCAUCAACCUACGCUCCUUCCUGCAUUGGACCCGCACAGCCCAACACACGGAAUUCCCAACGGCCUACCGCUUCCUGUGAGCCCCUUCGAGGAAUCGCCACUUUACACAGACCUUGAAUUCGAUGCUAGUCUCGAAUACACUGGCAUCGCCCCCGAAGAAGUCCAGCGAUACAUUAGCGAGCAAGAUUCCAAGACAAACAAGUGGACAUGUAUGUACCAAGAUUGCGGAAAAGUUUUUGGCAGAAGGGAAAAUAUUCGCUCGCACGUCCAGACACAUCUUGGCGACAGGCAAUAUAAGUGCGGUGGGUGUGGCAAGUGCUUCGUACGACAGCAUGACCUCAAGCGUCAUGCGAAGAUCCACACCGGGAACAAGCCAUACAAGUGCCCAUGCGGCGCCGGCUUUGCGCGACAAGAUGCACUCACUCGGCACCGACAGCGUGGUAUGUGCGUUGGUGGGUUCGCUGAUGCUGUACGACGACAAGCCAAGCGUGGCAGGCCAAAGAAGCAUCGCCCCGAAAUGGAGGAGCGUGUAGAGAAGGCCAGCAAGACACGGCGUGCCCUGGUCUCAACAGCCUCAUCCGUCUCGGCGAGCUCGCCUGACUCCGACGACGCCCACACGCCAUACGAGACAUAUGAGGCCACUCACACACAAAACUUCAACGAUCCAGUAAAUGCUUCAACAGAUUCAUUCAGUUUUGAGCCGCAGUCAAGUCCAUAUCAUGAAGAGGCUGAGGAGAGUACCUUUACACUUACGACAUCGUACGCUGGCGAAGUUGCCUCGAUGAACCUCCUCCGACAGCUGUCCGACGGACCAGCACAGACACCUCCCUUAACCCCAGGCGACCAACGCCCACGUUCGCGCGAGUCGGUGCCGGUACCGGUGCCAGUGCAAGACCAGAAGCCGCAAUUUCGAUCAAGCCCUUUAAAAACUACGGAGUCGCCGUCCCGGUCAUCUAUUCGGUCGCAGCAAUUUACAACACCACCGACAUCUCCGAUUGCGCCAAAGGACGAGUUAGAGGAGCUCUUCGACCUUCGACCCGAGCCCUCAAUGUCGCAGUUCGACCUUGAGAUGAAGGCGAUGAGCGACUUUACAGCGGUCGACAACAACUCAUACGACUUUCUUGACUUCACCUCUGUAUAA